AUGGAGCUGAAUGGAGGGAACUCUCUGUCAGAUGAACGUCUGAGCGGCAGCGAAGGUGCCUCAGAUCGGCCACUCGUGAAGAAGUGGCCACCGUCCCCCGUCAACGUGACCGUCACGCAGCUGAAGGCAAACUCUGCCACGGUCUCCUGGGACGUCCCGGAAGGAGACGUGGUCAUCGGCUACGCCAUCUUACAGCAGCGGCAAGACGGGCAGAUGCAGCGCUUCAUCCGGGAGGUGAACACCACCAACCGCGCCUGCGUGCUGUGGGACCUGGCGGAGGACGCCGACUACAUCAUCCAGGUGCAGAGCAUCGGCCUGUACGGGGAGAGCCAGGCCAGCAAGCGCGUCCACUUCCGCACGCUGAAGGAGACCGACCGCCUCCCGUCCAACAGCUCCAACCAAGGCGACAUUACCAUGGAGGGGCUGGACAAGGACAGGCAGCUGCAGACGGGCGAGAUCAUCAUCAUCGUGGCCGUGCUGCUCAUGUGGGCAGCGGUGAUCGCCCUGUUCUGCAGACAGUACGACAUCAUCAAGGACAACGACUCCAACAACAACAAGGAGAAGACGAAGCCAUCCUCGGAGCACAGCACGCCCGAGCGGCCGAGCGGGGGGCUGCUGCGGAGCAAGAAGAAGUCUCCCUCGGUCAAUAUCAUCGAGGUGUGA